ACAUGUAAAUAAGGCGGCCUGAAUAAGCUCACCGACCAGUCGAUGAAACAUUAGAACGAAGAAAGGAUUUGGCCAUUUCUCCAAAGAUAGAACAGACACGGCAAAAACAGUUCAUAAAAAAAGCAAGAACAAGUACUACCGUAUCUCUCUAGACUAGACAGACUUGAUCAAUUCCGUCAGGUGCACAAGUUCUUGGCACGCACGCACGCCUUGUUGAUUAUUUGAUAUAAAAAUAAGAUUAAAGCAGCUAGCUCUGCUUCUUCUCUCCCUCCUCCUUCCUCUCUCUCCCCACUCCCGGCCCGACCAAAUUUAGCCGUUGCAUCACCUCCCGCUCCUCUCUCCUCUCUCUCUCUUUCUGCGCGUGUGUCGAUCGAUUUUCGCCAGCCUCUCAGAGAAAGCACAUCGGAUCAAGAAUCAAAUUGAGGAGGAAGGACGUCUCCUGAUCCGUCUCUGGCUGGCGAUUCUACAUCGCUGGUUAUAAUUUUCAUCCCGUCCGGUGUCCCACCUGAAUCGUCCUCUUGAUCCGGUUCGAUUUGGGUGGUCAAUCGAGGCGGAACAAGAUGAUGUUCCUGGCGUGCUGCUACAAUGAUCCGGACAUGCUCAUCGAUCCGGACACCAUCUACCCCACCCGCGCCGACUGCCCGGAGGCGCCCAAGUCGCGCUUCAAGCCCCAGCCUCGCCGCACGCUGAGUCCAAGGAGAUGGAAGCUGCUGUUCAACGAGGAAGGCUGCCUGGACGCAGCUGGGAUGAUCAAAAGAGUACAGCGUGGGGUUGUUGUCUUUAUUUUGGUUAUUAUGCCAACAGGGUAUCCACCCAAAUAUCAAAGGAGAAGUUUGGGAGUAUUUGCUGGGUUGUUACGACCCUAAAAGCACUACUGAACAGAGGAACCAAUUGCGACAACAGAGAAGAAUAUGAGAAACUGAAAUCGAAAUGCCGAGAAAUGGACACGACGGUUGGUAGUGGAAGGGUAAUUACUAUGCCUGUCAUAACAGAAGAUGGCCAGCCUAUCGAGGAUCCUAACUCAAAUGGAGGGGCAAGGGCUUCUUCAGUGGGCGUAGAGCAGCAAACCAGUAAUUCAACGCUCCCUAAAGAAGUUAUUCAGUGGAAACUUCUUCUGCACCAAAUUGGUCUCGAUGUUAACCGUACCGACCGUACACUAGUUUAUUACGAGAGUCAGGAGAAUUUGGCACGGCUGUGGGACAUUCUUUCAGUCUACGCAUGGGUGGACAAUGACAUUGGUUAUUGUCAGGGAAUGAGUGAUCUUUGUUCACCGAUAUCAAUCAUUUUGGAACAUGAAGCGGAUGCUUUUUGGUGCUUUGAACGGCUGAUGCGCAGGGUGCGUGACAACUUCAAGAGUACAUCUACUUCCAUUGGAGUUCGAUCUCAACUGACCACUUUGUCAUCCAUAAUGAAAGCUGUUGAUCCAAAGCUACAUGAGCAUUUAGAAAAUCUUGAUGGAGGGGAAUAUUUAUUUGCCUUUCGGAUGCUGAUGGUUCUUUUUCGAAGGGAGUUCUCUUUUAUAGACACGAUGUAUCUUUGGGAGCUCAUGUGGUCUAUGGAGUACAAUCCAGGUCUGUUUUCAAUGUUGGAGAGUAACACUGGCACAUCGAACGCAAGCGAUGAAAAUACCCUCAAACAGUGCGGGAAGUUUGAAAAGAAAAACUUGCAGGCGGCCAAGAAAGAAGAGCAGAUCCCUCUAUCAGUCUUUGUUGUAGCUAGUGUCAUAGAGGCGAAAAACAAACGGUUGAUGGGAGAGGCAAAAGGUCUGGACGAUGUUGUCAAGAUUUUGAAUGAAAUCACUGGAAGCAUUGAUGCAAAAAAGGCAUGUAGAGGGGCCUUGACGAUUCAUGAGAAGUACCUAACCACAGUAAAGGCAUCAUAGCGACGUGUACAGCUUCACAGGAAUGCAUCCUUAGGAACAAUAUUCAAUUUUGCCCUUUUUUAAAUUGGAGGAACAGCUGUAUCACAGUUUUUUUUUGUUCAUUCUUGAUAUGUGUAUGUGUUUGUAAUUCUUUGACCCACUAUGUAAUUUUGGCAUUUCGACAGAAGGAAAUGAAUACUAGUGGGAUUAUGCAGGAAUAAAGUUUGCAACUCUUAUAAAGUUACA